CGAACUCCUCAUUCUCGCCACAGCAACUAACUAACUGCCCACCUUCCCACCCCCUCUGAUCGCUUUGCUCUCCUGUCCAAUCCAGCCACGCCCAAAUCCGGCUUAACCAAUCUAUCCCCGCUCCGGGAGCUAAAUAGGUUAAGGAGAUAGGGAGGAUUUCUCCAUCCGCGCGAUUGGGAGAUCUCUAGUCGUUGUUGGUCCAGGCCUUGGCACUCGGCUUCCCUUGCGACUCAUGCCCGCGACAGCGCUUUUCCCCUCCCCGCGCUUGGUCUAGAUCGGGUUGCCAUGCAGAACUCUCCGCUGGAUGGUAGGAAUUUGCCGUCGUGGGGAGCGCCGAAUCGCCCUACGCCUGGUGUAUCGGGAUCCCAUCCUACUCCGGGGACCCAGAAUGACUUGACCUAUCAAAGUCGGAGGCGCAAUCAGCUGGCAUGUGAGUCGUGCUACAAGAAGAAGAUCAAAUGUGAGGUCGACGGCUCCAAUGCUGCCUGUGUCCAAUGUAUGCGCCGCAAUAUCAGGUGCAAGUUCACCUCCAGGCGCGAGAAGCGGGGCGAUCUCAAAAGAACCCACUACGUGAAAGCGCUCGAAGAGCGACUUCGGAGGACAGAGGACCUGCUCAGAGCGGCGGGCCUUCUGGGUGAGGAGAUCCUCAACGAGGAGAAUCCCAGCUCGAGCGAGGAUGAACAGCUCGAGGAGGGAAGCGACGUCGACCAUGAACACGACGAGUCGUCUAACCCCAACUUAGAUCCAAGUAAACGUAGUCCCGCCAACUUGGCUUCCAAUAGCACGAAGGAUUCCGAUCAUGCAACGGACCGAGAUCCGCCUCCAGAUACAGCCGCUUGCGUGGAUGGCUCUGAAAAUCCGGCCGGCGCGACCGGCCGCCCACGGUUUGGUCAGAACCCUCUGCAGCAAGUCCCGGUCUUCAAGUGGGAUGCCAGAGAUGAGCACCGGUACUUUGGAAGGUCUUCGUCCUUAUCGAUUCUCUCCAGGGAUGGGAUCGAGUGGAUCAAGAACAAAACGGGCGAAGUGAAUUUUCUCCGCCUGUUGGUGUCGGACUCAAGUCACGAUUGCCCGUGGGACUAUUGGCGACCCGACGUGUUCCACGACGUGUUCUCCUCCCAGGUCUUCAAGCCCUUACCUCCGAGGGCGGAGGUGUUCUCUCUCCUACGAGAUUACUUUCGGACUCUGAACCGUUUGUUCCCGCUGUAUCACGAGGCGACCUUCAUGAAAAUGGUCGAGUGGCAGUACACGCAACAGACGUGCGACGACGCCGCUCGCUGGGCCAGUAUCAACAUUAUCAUCUCCCUGGCAUACGAAUACCGCUACUCGAACACGCAGAAGUCGGAAAAGGACCGAGAAAAAGCAUGGCUCUACUACAAGAAUGCCAUGUCCGUCUUUGCAGAACUGACCCUCCGACGGACCGAUCUGUUGAGCGUGCAGGCCCUUUUGGGCAUGGCGCUUUUUCUCCGCGGGAACUCGGGGACUCAGUCCGCCUUGCCCAUCAUCACCGCCGCCAUCCGCUCAUCCCACCGAUUGGGGCUUCAUCGCAAUAUCCCGAGGCCUCAUCUGCCUGUGGCUGAGCAAGAGCAGCGGAAGAGGGUAUUUUGGAUUGCCUACAUCCUGGACCAGAGCACUUGUAUCAGGUCAGGGAAUGCGCCGACUCAGCACUACGAGGACCUUGACGUUGAGUUUCCGGUGGAGGAGGAAAGUGAGUUCGUUUUGACCAAUAACACGUCCUUCUUCCAGCAACUCUGCAGCAUGACCGUGAUCAAGAGCCGAAUCUACAACAAAUUAUAUGCUACCACGGCCUUGGAAGAUAAGUCCGCUUUGGAGAUCAUCAGCAUCGUGCGCGGUCUACACGCGGAUCUGGAAAAGUGGAAAGCUGCCAGUGCGUUUGACCUCGCACCGAAGCAGGAGAGGGGCGGCGAAGACUUUCUGGUGGGCUUUGCUUCGGCAGGGCUGCAAUUCGUGUACUACAAUUCUAUCAUCAUGGUCCAUCGCGUCCCGCUCGUGAUCAACUUCGUCUAUGCCCAUCGCCUUGCCACCGGAGGGCAGGUGCCUAUCGACCUGAAGGUGAUCCUGGACGAGUCGUUAACGUCCACCGCAGUCUGUGUCCAAGCUGCGCGGGAUACCUUGAAGCUGGUGAACAACCUCCCGUGGGGGGACAUCGCCUGGAUAUGGUCCUUACUUUACUACAUCUUCCUCGCCGUAAUAAUGAUCUUCGUCAAUAUCCUCCGCGACAGCGGCCACCCCAAAGUCAAAGACGAUAUCCAAUCCCUAAACGUGGCCGCAACGUUCUUCGCAACGCUCAUCCCCGGCGACGGGCCCUGCAACUACGCGCGAUUCAUGACGCGCAUGUGCGCCAACUUUGAACGCACUGCCCGUGCUGUCUUCGAGCGCCACCAGAAGACCGCAGCCCGACCCAGCGACAGACAGCUCCAGUCCCGCGAUCCAACCACCACCUCGGAAUCAAACACCGCUACUGCUUCUCUUGCAUCAUCCUCGCUACAUGGUCGAGCUCCCGCUGCCCCAAAAUCACCAUCCCCAGAUCACUCCCCCGCAUCGAAUACCAACGCCCCUAGCAACAUCAACGGCUUUCCGCGCGUCAACUCCAGCGGCUACGUCGUCGUCCCAGGCAGCCCGCCCCAAAACCCCGUCCAUCUCAGCACAGCUUCCCCCGUCCUCCACCAAAUCCAAAACCCCCAGCAGCACAGCCACCAAGCACAACCACAGCAGCAACAGCAACAGCAACAGCAGCAGCAACAACAACAACACCAACCCCCACUCCACCAAACCUACCCCCCACCCAACACCCUCCCCACAACCCAAACAGACCCCUACUCCCUCCAAAACUUCUUCCCCUUCGACCCCGCCAAUGGAAUCUUCGCCCAGUCCGACCUCUGGCAAGUCCCCCUAACCGCAGACUGGGAAUUCGGCGGUCAGUUCCUCCCAGGCUUAUUCGGGGGACCCACCCCCUUCUACCAGGGAGACAUCCCAGGCCAGUCGUCGCAUCCUCCGCACCCUCAUCCUCCUACCCAACACCAACAAUCAAUGCCAUCCACACCCAUGGACAUGAACUACAGCUACAUGCAGCAUGGUCCAGGCCCGAAUCAAAAUCAACAUCCCGGUCAAGAUCAGAGUCAAAACACAAACCAUAAUGCCCCGCAGGGACACGACCACACGACGGCGUCUCUGUGGACGAAUACCGGCUACACGGAUCCGUUCCGAGGCGCCACUGCUAUGAAUGGUCAGGCUGAUGGGCAGAUGUAUUACUAGCAUGUGGGCGUGUCUUGCUCGAUAU